UUAACUUCAGAAUAAUCAACGCUGGCUCGUUGUUAACACGUAAAAAUUAGAAAGAAAAUACUAAGUCGGAUCGCUGGUCGAUACCGCAAAUAACACUGCUGGUCAGUAAGUUAUAAUAAAGAAUUAUCAUGGAAGCCUCAAAUUUUGAAAUCUAUUUUCAAUCAGCUGCAGUUAACCAAAUUCUUGGUUAUGACAACUCAAGCAGCUUGCUUCAUUCCUCAUCUGUCCCAUCAUGCCACCAAUCAUCUAUAUAUCUAGAAGAUUUAAAUUCUCAAGCAGUGCCUAAUGUUGAUAACUUAAAAGAGUUAGAUUUAUCAGAUGAGUUUAAUGACUAUGAAUCUUACAUGGGUAUUAACUCAAGCAUGGAUAUAUCAAAAUCAAAUGUUAAACAUGAGCAUGAUAUUUUCCAAGAUCAAGUUCCCAGUCCUUCUUCAUUUUCUUGUCAAUCAAGUUCUUAUGAUUACCCUUCACCUGCUUAUAAUCCACCUAGUCCUCCCAAUUAUACAUCAGAUGGUUCUUCUUAUUGCAGCUCUGCUGAAUCUUCAUAUAGCAGCUCAGUUGGAUCUCCUUAUCGUUCUUCUUCACCUCUGUCAUGCCAAUCUUCUUCGCCAACUAACUUUAACCAUUACAGUAGAAACCAAACUUCAAACUGGUGGACUCAGCAGCAGAAUAUACAAAAGCAAGAACAGUGGUGUAUGUCUCAUGGUGUAGAGUUCCAACACCAUCCUCAAAAUGUGGAUCAGUUAAAACAGAGUUCAUUUGGGCAAUGUGUUUUAUAUGACAACAUGCAAAGUUGUCUUGAGAAACAAAAAUAUCUUAUUGAAAAAAUUCAUUUGCAGUUUUUGGCAAAUCAACAAGAACAAGCUGAUCAAAAUUAUAUGUCUAUAAUUAGCAAAAUCUCUCAAACUGAACAAGAGAAUAUGAAAUAUUUAAAAACAAAUCAAGCUUCAGCUUUUCAAAAUCCGCUAAAGCAAAUAUCUCAUCCUAUAGACAUUCCAAAUUCAUCUGCUCUUGUUAAUUCUUUGAAUUGUCAAUCAGAUUUUAAUAUACUAAAAGAAAGGUGUUUUGAACCAAUAAAAUCAACAAAAAUACCUUUAAAUCAGCGUCCUUAUGCCUGCCCAGUUGAUAAUUGUCCACGAAGAUUUUCAAGAUCAGAUGAGUUAACAAGACAUAUGAGAACUCACACUGGACAAAAACCAUUUCAGUGUCGAAUAUGUAUGAGAAACUUCUCUCGAUCAGAUCACCUAACAACACACAUAAGAACACAUACUGGUGAAAAGCCAUUUGCAUGUGAUAUAUGUGGUCGUCGAUUUGCACGUUCAGAUGAACGACGGCGUCACAUGAAAAUUCAUUUAAAAGAACAACAAAAAAAACAAGACAAGGAAUUAAGCAAGUUGAGCUAUCUGCAGUCCUCUACCAAUCAACAAUCUAUGAACUUCAUCUUGAAAUCAUGCUAAUCUAUUUAACAUGUUUUUUUUUUGUUAUUAUAUUGUUUACUCUACAGAAUUUAUUGCCUGAUGGAGCAGAUUUUGUAAAUAUUUAUAUAGUUUAUAUUUGGGACAAGUCCCUUUCUUUUGUUAUAAAAAACAAGAAGCUUAUGUUUAGCUAAUUAAUAUUUUAAUGAUUCUUUUUAAAGUUUAUUUUCUGUUUACUGCAUUUUUUUGCUUUUCUUUUUUCUAUUAAUUUAUAAGUUUCUUGUCUUGAUGUUUUUUUUUAUUUGAUUUAUUCAAAAACCAGAAUCUAUGAGUUUUGACUCCACUGUAGUUCUUUCAAAACUGAUAUUUGUAAUAUUUUAUUUUGCUUUUACCGGGCGCUACAGUGAAUCUUAUGAAAUAGAUGCAUUCAGUUAAGUUUGUAUAUAUAUAUAUAUAUAUAUAUAUAUAUAUAUAUAUAUAUAUAUAUAUAUAUAUAUAUAUAUAUAUAUAUAUAUAUAUAUAUAUAUAUAUAUGAUUUUUAAAUGUGCACCUGAUGAUGUUUUGUUGACAUUUUUCAGCCAAUAUUUUAUAAGCUACGAUAAAUGUAAACAGUUUUUUGGCUAUAUCAUAGAUACUGUGUAAACAAAGAAAAAAAGGACAUCUUGUAUAUCUUUUGCUGGUCAAAUUGUAUCAAGA